AUGCAGUGCCAUUCUACAGAAAAAGCUGCCUCAAAACUCAAGGAUCCAAGGAGUUUCACUAUCCCUCGUGCUAUAGGAGAUAUUACAUUUGAUAUAGUUUUGUGUGAUCUGGGUGCAAGUAUAAAUCUAAUGCCUCUUUCCGUUUUCAGGAAACUUGGGAUUGGUGAAGUGAAGCCGACAACCAUAUCUUGCAAUAUGGAAGAAGACGAAAAGAUUCCUCUCAUCUUGGGAUGUCCAUUUCUUGCCACCGGAAAAGCCUUAAUUGAUGUACAAGCGGGGAAGUUGAUCAUGAGGGUGCAAGAGGAAGAAGUGACAUUCAAUGUAUUUGAGACUCUGAAGGUUCCAUCGAAACAAGAUUCAUGUUUCAAAAUUGACUCAGUGGAUCAGUCAGUAAUUAAAGCUUCCAAGAUUGAUGAUCCUAAAUCGCCAAUUAAGGGAUGCAUGGUCAAGUCAAGGCAAUUUGAAGAUGAAAACCAUAAACCAGAAGUUUACACAACAUCCCAAGAUGGGCCACAAUAG